CACCUGAAACUUCAAAAUGAGUGCUCCGUUAAUCCCAAACAAGUCAUGUUAUGCCCAGCUUCAGGACAACCACAGCGAAAUAAAAAAUAAUAAUGAAAGCAUAGCGAGUGUGGGGGAUACCAAUGCCAACCAAAUUGUGACAAAAGUUAGAACCACUGAAGGAGAUGUUAAGAAACAUGAUUUGACGGAUGAGAGUGGGAAUAUACACUCUGGAGGAUCAGAGAAAGUUACUCAUCUGAAUACAGAGCAGAAUAAACUUCUGACCUUCAAAGACUCUCGGACCUGUCACACCGGUGUACAGGAAAGUAAGCUGCCCUCCACCACAAGCAGGGAAAUGGGGAAAGAUGGUAGGACCAGUGAAGCUAAGGAUAUAUCAAGGCAUAUUAGGAUUAGCCGAGGACAAAGUCUGUCCAAUUUAAAAAGUAGCACAAAUGAUGCCAACCUGGACGUUAUUUCCAAAGGUGAUGUUGACUUCACCCAGAACUUUUCUAAGGGCAAAAUGUCCAGGACUGUGGAGAUGGAGAGAAUAAAAAGGCUUUCUUUGGGAAGACCAAGUAAAUUCUCUCCUCAGUCUGAAACAUUUGCGAAAGACUGCGUUGGCCGUGUGUCGUGUAAACGUCUACUUUCUGCAUCAUUGGACUCCAUUGACAGGUCGCACCAUUUAAUAGGAAAUACACAGAAAUCACAAAAAACAUCCACGGAUCAUUUUCUUGGGAUGGUGUUUCAUCCACUUGACAAUACCUCAGAGGAAAAUACUGUAUUUUAUUCCAAACCAUCUACCUCAGGGAACAAGAAAAUAAGUAAACCAGAAAAUGUACCAAAUGUUAACGUUGAAAGCACACUGCAUACUUCUCAUUCUCAACAUUCAACUGUUAAGCCCAAUGAGAUUGCUAGUAAAUCAGAAGCACAAUUAGGUCAGGGUGAUAAAAGUAAAAAACUUGAGCUUAAGACUGCACCAUCUCUACAAUCUAAAAAUACAUGUCAACAAAAGAUUGAGAGAAUUAUGCUGGUAGAGUUCUUGGGAUGUCAAAAAGAUGAAAAUACAGCAAUGCAGGAACAGAAAGGCUCUGGGUCUGAUGCAUCAAAAUUUCAAGCAUCCCAUUUUCAAGACACCUGUAAUAAAGUAGAGGAUCCAUUGUCAAGCCAGGUGGUAACCUAUCCUGAUGACAAAUUGCUAAGUGAUAACAUCACCAUUGGUGGGGAAGGGAGAGGAAGCAAUGACAGUGACAACAGGGCAACUAGCCAGGUUGGUGAGGAAUAUUUUACUGACAAAGAAGUGGAAACAAUAUUCCCACUCACCUGUGGUAGUAAAUCCAAUGCCAAAGUGACACCUAGAAAAAAUGAAAAUUUACAUGAAGUUGACGCACGUUGUGCUGAAACAGUUGGUGAACAGAUAUCUCUUAUACAUAAUAUUAAUCUACCUGACAGCAAACCCUUGAAAGUUAAUGAGAAUAAACUGACGCUAGUCAAAGGAAGCAUUGAGGAUGCUGCUGUGCCUGCUUCUGGUCUCUCAGAUCAGCACGGAGUGUGCAGUGCAGAGACAGUGUCAAACCAGCAACCUGACAACCACGACAGUGAUGCAGAAACCUUGAACUUCUCAGUUCUGAGUAAAAAGACAGCUAAUGCACAGAAACAUCCUCCAGAGGAAGCACCAGAGAGCUGUAACGUUUCAGCAAAGGCUGAUGCCUUUUUAUGCGUCCCAACUCCCGUGCGCCCGGUGGCAACGCUGGAUGUUAAUAGUCAGCCCAUGCUAUCAAACAGUAAUUUGAAGGACCUUUAUGCACUUCAUGUUGACAAACUGUCACCCUCCUCAGUCCUACCUCCCAUUGACAGUACGCAGUUGUUAAACGUAUCUCCUAAAGUGCCUAUCAAGACUGCCUGCAGCAGCGCCAUCCCAAAACCUAUCCUGGUCCACUCCAAGGGCUCCCUCACAGAUAAGGCGGGUGUGGACAGUGACGGCAGUGAAAAGCUGGAAGAAAGCAUUGAGAUGAAACCUGCCAUACCCAGGCCCAAACCCGUGAGACCUAAAAUCAUCACGUACAUUAGGAGAAACCCUCGUUCAAUAGAGCAGCUCGACCCUUCGUUUGCGCCGGCAGGGCUGCCCUUCGGUAGCCCGGUGUGUGGCAUGCCCAUCUCUACAGAGCAGAAGGCAUCCAAUGGAGGGGAGGCGAAGCCUGCCAGCACCCUGUACGACAAAUUUAAACCUGACCUCCAGAAGCCAAGACUCUUCAGUUCUGGGCUGGUGGUGUCAGGAAUUAGGCCCCCAGGCCAUCACUUCGGUCCGAUGAGCGAGAAGUUUCUGCAGGAGGUUGGGGAAAGGCCUGCAAAAGAUGAAUUUUGCCCUCCACCAUAUAGUCACUACGAGGUCCCACCAAGUUUUUAUCGAUCUGCCAUGAUACUCAAGCCACAGUUAGGACUGGGUGCAGUGUCCAGGUUACCGUCUGCAAAGAGCAGGAUUCUCAUUGCAAGUCAAAGAUCCUCAGGUGGCUGUCUCCAUCAGCAAGGAGAAAUAACGAGUGCUCCCAGCCUUUAUCAUCCUGAUGCUUCAGUUGAUCUUAAGAAAGGCUCAUGUCCAAGUGCUGCAAAAUCAAAUCUCCCCAAGCCCUGCCAGUCUGGACUUCGUCCUCCAGGUUAUUCACGGUUGCCAGCAGCUAAGCUGGCCGCAUUUGGUUUUGUCAGGAGCUCAAGUGUAUCCUCUGUCUCCAGCAACCAGUCAAACGACAGUGCUCAGAGUGAUCAAAGCAGGACAACCAACCGUUCCAGCUUUGGAAAUGAAGAGCAAACCACUCCUAAGGCAUCUGCACCGUCUAAAGAUGUCCCCAAGGGGAGCAGCAAGAGCACAACGCAGGUAUCGAGCAGCACAGCAGCUCCACGCAGGAGUUUACUUCCAGCACCAAAACCUGCCACAGCACCUGCUGGUCUGAAGAAAGAAGUACAAAAAGAUCAGGAUGCUAACAGACCAGCUGUCUCAUCCCCUAAGAGAUCAGCAGUAACAGCCACCAAGCUCCAUUCACCAGGACAUCCCAAGCAAAGGCCAACCACCCCAAAGAAUGGAUUCUCCCCCAAACCAGGAGAGAGUCGAGACGCUGAAAAGCAGUUCGUGCAGAGAUUGAAGGAAAAGUGUGAUGAGCAGUCCCGGCAAUUAAGCAAUAUUCGAGAUGAGCUUAAAAGGGCCAGCUGUGGCUUUGAUGUCUUUGCUAUAACAACACAGCACUUUUUCAGGCAGAAUGAAAAUGCCCUUGUGAAAAUCAAGGAGUUAGGAGUCGAGCUUGCAAAGAUCAGGGAUGAAGUUGCCCUCAACACAGCAAGAUGGAAGAAACUACAGAGCGAGAAGGAGGAGCUGGAGAGGCGCUUUGAAGAGGAGGUGAAGCAGCUUCGCAGGCAGCAGCAGGAGGAGCUGCAGGCGCUGGAGCAGCGGCUGCAGGAGGAGUACAACACCAAGAGGGAGAGCCUGCAGGAGCAGCACCGGCUGCAGCUGGAGCAAGUCACAUCGCAGCAUCAGGAUCAGGUGGAAGAUAUCACAGCUGUACACGAAGCUGCUAUGUUACAGUUGGAAAAUAACCACAUAGUCGCCAUUACAGUACUGCAGGAUGAGAAUGACUGCAAGAUUCAAGAACUGAAUACUGCUCACAAACUGGAAAAGGCACAAUUAGAAGAGAGUUUUGAAAAACUGCGGCUGUCACUCCAGGACCAGAUAGACACCCUCACCUUCCAGAACCAAUCUCUUAAGGCCAAAGCAGACCGAUUUGAAGAGGCUCUGAAGAAAAACACCGAGGAACAACUGAAGAUUGUACGAGCUCCAUAUCUGCACUUAGAAAAAGAUCUGAAGAGCUUAAAACAUGUUCUGGAAAUGAAGAACCAUCAGAUUCACCAACAGGAGAAGAUUAUUAUGGAGCUAGAAAAACAGGCUGAAAAAAAUUUAAAACUGGAAGAAAAAAUCACCAUGCUGCAACAGCAAAACGAAGAACUCAGAGCCAGGAUUGAGCAAAAUACUGUCAUAACAAGGCAAUUGUCAGAGGAGAACGCUAAUCUUCAAGAGUAUGUUGAGAAAGAAGUGGAGGAGAAGAAGAAGCUGAGCAGGACUAACGAAGAGCUCCUCUGGAAGCUGCAGGAGGGAGACGCCGUGAGCCCCGUGAAACUCCCACCCACAUCAUCCACUUCUUUUUAUCGCUGCUCAUCAGGGAACUCCUCUCCAGCAAAAGUCAGAACCUUGCGACGAUGA